CGAGCACAGCAGAAGUGAAGACCGGAUAGUCACGAGAAAAUCCUUAUAAAUUUCUUGAGUUUAAAAUUCCCUAGCCACUUCUGAUAACGUCUUCCUCACAGGGUGGGAGACUAUAAGAGAACUACAGAAAAUACCUGCUUCCAAGGUACCUGGAAAAGGAGUGAAAUCUCCAAACAGUGUUUUUCUGAUAAUAAGCCCUAAACUCUGAUACCCAUGGAUGCUGCAGAAUUCCGCAAGAGAGGGAAGGAGAUGGUGGACUAUGUUGCAGAUUACCUGGAGAAGAUAGAUAAAAGACAGGUCUUCCCAGAUGUGGAACCAGGAUACCUAAGGCCCCUCAUCGCAGACUGUGCACCCCAGGAGCCUGAGAGCUUUGAGGAUAUCUUUAAAGACAUUGAGAAGAUCAUUAUGCCAGGGGUGACUCAUUGGCACAGUCCGUACUUUUUCGCCUACUUCCCUGCAGCCUCUUCCUUCCCAGCUCUUCUUGCAGAUAUGUUGUGUGGUGGAAUAGGAUGUGUGGGCUUCUCUUGGGCUGCAAGUCCAGCUUGCACAGAGCUAGAGACUGUCAUGCUGGAUUGGCUAGGGAAGAUGAUUAAUUUGCCUCAAGAGUUUUUGGCUGGGAAGGAUGGCCAAGGUGGAGGAGUCAUUCAGGGUAGUGCAAGUGAGGCCACCCUGAUUUCACUGCUUGCUGCUAGAACAAAAACCAUCAGACGGGUGCAGUCAGAAAAGCCUGAGCUAACAGAAGCAGAGAUUAUGGGCAGGUUGGUGGCUUAUGCUUCUGAUCAGGCUCAUUCAUCUGUGGAAAGGGCUGCAUUAAUUGGUGCUGUGAAGAUUAAAAGUGUUCCUUCAGAUGAUACAUUUAGUGUUUGUGGUUCAACCCUGAAGAAGGUUCUGGAUGAAGACAAAGCUGCUGGUCUUAUACCGUUCUUUUUCUGUGCAACUCUUGGAACCACACCUUGCUGCUCCUUUGACAAACUGUUAGAACUGGGUCCUAUUUGUAAUAAGGAAAAUAUCUGGAUGCAUAUUGAUGCAGCCUAUGCUGGGAGUGCAUUCAUCUGCCCUGAAUUCAGGCAUCUUUUAAAUGGAGUGGAGUUUGCAGAUUCAUUUAACUUUAAUCCUCACAAAUGGCUCCUAGUGAAUUUUGACUGCUCUGCUAUGUGGGUGAAAAAAAGAUCAGAUUUAAUAGGUGCCUUUAAAUUAGAACCUCUUUACCUGCAGCAUCACCAUCAGGAGUCUGGUCUUGUAACAGAUUAUCGGCACUGGCAAAUCCCCCUGGGCAGGAGGUUCCGCUCCCUGAAGCUUUGGUUCGUGCUGAGGAUGUACGGGGUCAAGGGGCUGCAGGAGCACAUCCGCAAGCACGUCAGGCUGUCACAUCAAUUUGAACACUUAGUCCUUCAGGAUGAAAGAUUUGAGAUCUGUGCUGAGGUUGUCUUGGGACUAGUCUGUUUUCGGCUGAAGGGCUCAAAUAAACUAAACGAGGCACUUCUUAAAAGCAUUAACGAGGCCAAGAAGAUUCAUCUGGUCCCAUGCCACCUGCGAGAGAAGUUUGUGCUACGUUUUGCUAUUUGUUCCCGCACAGUGGAAUCCACCCACAUCAAGUUUGCCUGGCAGCACAUCUCACAGCUGGCAACCGACCUCCUGAAAACAUGGGAGCAAAACCACCACCAGCAGUAACAGCAGUGAAGUACAAGUGGAGAUGAGGCAAUUAACUGGCUUUCUCUGUGUUGCCAAGUUUUAUUUUAGGGGCAGGUGGGAAAGUAAAAUUAUGAAGGAAAAAGAUACAAAACCUGUUGUUAUAUAGCCCAGCUGCAGUAGCAAAAUCCUUGCCAGCAAGUUGUGUUGUAACCUUAGUCAUUCACUGUAGUUUCAUCUUGCCUGUUUCCAGGAUGCACAUAGCCAAGGAGACUCGAGCUGUCAUUUCUUACCAGUUUGUAACCAAGAGCAUUUAUUCAACCAGGCAAUGGAAACGGAAGGGUUAGUGCUCCCUCUGUUGUCCCCACUCUCCUCUAGCACACCCAUUCCUUCCUUCACAGAUGAAACUGAGAGGUGUUAUAACCAAUGAAUUUAACAUUGCUAUGGCUUUAGAAGAAAUCCAACUUGGGGAAGUUCAGUAACCUGUUUGUCUCUUAUCUAAAUAGCCACACACAAAUGUCAUUGUUAGAAUUUGGGGCACUGUCAUGUCAUGACAUGCUGCAGUAAUUUUGUAAAUGAGCAAAGGACAAAGGACUUCCAAGACUUCCUUCACUGCAUAGCCACAUUGGGGGAGUGACCACUAACUGAACACUACCCAUCCUUCCGGCAGGUUCUCUACUUUCCCCUAAAGGGUUAGCUUUUAAAACAGCCAUUUUAUCAAAUAUCAGCAAAGAGGUUAUGCUGGCUUUUGGUUUCCACUUUGAUCAUUCAUAAUGAAGCCUCUGAACUCUCCUCCUGAAGAGUUUUGUCAAAAGCCAUGUGCUACCUGGCAUUCUAUAUUUAUAACCAAGUUACUGUAAGCAGUGAUUACUUGAAAAUAAACUGUAAGAUAUGUUCUGUGAAAUUAAGUUAUUAUUUAUUUUUAUGGCUACCAUUCUGCUUACUUCAUUGUGUAAUAAAUCUUUGAGAAAAUGAGCUUAGAAAUCUGAUGGCAAAAAAAAUGUUACUUUUCGUUUCUCAAAUUAGCUAACAAAGGACAAUAGAAAUUAAGAGAACUGACACCCGAAAUAUGCAGUGGUUCCCCCUUCAGUGGUUUUCUUCCAUUAACAAUGAUGUGUGGAAUACGAAAAUAUUGGAAAACAACUGUUCACAGAAAAAGUUGUGUACUUGACACAAACCAUUUAUAUGUCAUCCUGUUGAAGGCAGGUACAGUAAAGAGCUAAAAUGAAAGUCAGAAGUGAAAUGAAAGUCAAAGCAAUAUUUGACUUUAAGAAAUACUUUUACUGUUUUUUAAAACAUAAAUUCCAGACAAGUAUUUCUAUACAAAUAAGAACAACCUAAUUAGCUACUCCAAGAAAAAUAAUAUGUAGGAUUAAUUUCUACAUCUGCAUUUUAACCUUCCUUUUACUGCUCAUAUUACUUCUAAAGCAUCUUGAACAACUUACACAAUUAUUCAGUUUUCUUCCUCCAUGCCUUGUGUAUACACUUCCUACGGCUGGGAAGUCGCAAGUAGACCAUGAAACAUGGAAUGGGACAGUUAAUUUGGCACACAGUCUGCUCCUACUCACUGUCUUUCCAGAAGGGAUUAACGAAUUUGAAUAUGGACUGUGUGGAUUUUUCUGUUGAUUCUUAAUCUCUCACUUCUGAGGUGCAAACUAGGAAGGACUACUAUUUCUUUAAGAAAUCGAUUUCCCAGGGAACAGAUGAAGAAGGGGAUGACAAAUCAAUCUGGCAAAACCCUGUAAUAUUUGAGGAGAUGACUGACCCAUUUCACAAGACACUACUCUCAUCUACAGUAUCAGAAAUUUUGAUAGCAUCAUUCUCUUUAGCAGAACCAAUAUGAAAUUAAGCUUUUCUGUAGUAAAUGCAAUAGAUUGGCAAACUGAAGAGAGCAGAAAAUGCUGGCAGUUGUUUCCUUUCUCCGUUAGUCUUUUUUAAAACAACAUUCCUUCAUUCUCAUGACCUGGAAAACAAUGUUCAUCCAUAGCACAUACGGUCCACACUGAUACAAUUUUACAACUUUUACAUUAUGAAAACUCUAGAAUCUUGGAGCCAGAGAGGAAUUACACCUUGUCUAUGAGACAGACCGGUAUCUUGCAUGUCAAAUGUAUAACCAGGUCCAUCCAGGGAUAAAAGAAAAAAAAAAAAAAAGAUCAGAUUUGGAUCAAAGCUAUCAUAGAGUAAAUCCAGGAUAAUUCCACUGAAAUGAAAUGGAAUUGCUUUGGUCUUAGCCAACUAUAAUUGAGAUUAAAAUCUGACUAUUAAGUAUUGGAAAAGAAAGGCAUAAGGUAAGACAACACUAAACAUAAGAAGAUUUUUGUGGAAGUCCUCUCCAUGGAAACCAGAGCAGAGGUGGGUGAUGCACACCUGUGUGAACCUCAAACUGCUGUAAAACUGCGAUGCAGGCAGGAUGCGCAUCCAAACUCGGGAGAAGUGAAAUGUUCCCAACAGACCAGAAAUUAGAUAUAAAUCCCUCCCUUCUGAAAUUCUGGGAUGAUUUGAAUAUGUAACUAGUGAAGGCCUUCAAAGCAUUCAGUCUCUAAUACCCUCUUUUUCCCAUGGGAUAAUUCCUUUGUAAACUAUUAAUGUUAGGUCAUCUGAAAAGGAAAUCUGGGCUAUGUAGUCAACUCAAGAACAAGUGCUGAAAAGAACAUUUUGAAAGAAGAAUAUAACUGCAGUUUCUGUUCUGUAACUUUGCAACAUAUCUGUAAGUGAGAAACACUGUAUUUACGAAUAGUAUGUUAACCUGCAUUUAUUGUGCCUUUUGUGCAAAAGCUAAUACAGUCUGUGCCGAUUAAUACUGUUUGAUAUUAAAAAUAAUUACAAAAUCUCAAAAUUGUACUUUAGUAGAAUACCCACAUCUCAAGGACAACUGUGGCUAUUAGAGGAGGAGGAAAAAAGCUAACUUUUCAGUAACCACAAUUUAUUUUUUUUAAAACUAGCAGAGUACUAGUACAGUAUUUACAUUCUUAAUGACAGAUUAUAUUUUAUUACUGAUGGUGAAAUAUUGAAAAGAUAUGUAUUUAUGAAAGUAUUGGUAAUAUAUUAUACUCUGAACUGCAUUAUAAAUAUUAAAUUUCUAAUUUACUCUUGCCUUUACAUAUAAGAUUCUGGUCACGGUUGUUGUUUUGUUGUUGCUAUUGUUUCUUGUAAGGAUAACAUAUGUGAUGAGCAGUACUCACACUGCAGUUGCCUUACAGCAGCAGUCUAAACCUUGAGAGGUAUAAACUUCAAUUGCUCAAAGACAGAAUGAGAAACAAAAUUGAGAACCCUGAUGACCUGGGUGGUUGGUGGGGGCAGAUUAAAUAACCAUCAAUAGAUAAUAUCUACAUAGCAUAUGUAGAGUUUGUGUGACUUAAAUGGAGAAAUAAUCAGAUGUUUAAUGCUCUAAUUGUAAUUUGUGAGCUGUUGACUUCCUUUAAAAUCUAUGUCCAAACCGUGCUGGACAGACAUGCAGUUUUUAAUUGGCAACAUUAAUAAACAGAAAC